CCUGGGGAAGAGGUGCUAUUGGAACAAUCCUUACUGGCUAUAUCAUUUUCAUCAUCUGCUUUGCCCUUGCCAUCAUCGCAUUUGCUGUCUGUUUACUUCGGUUCAACUUUAUCCGAGGAAUUGGAGGCUUGCUCUUUGUUUCUGCUCUGUUCCUGAUUAUGGGCCUAGUCAUUUACCCGGUGAUGUACACAAACACCCUUCCGGUCACAGGCGUUGGUGCGUUUGGCUGGUCCUAUGGCUUUAUGUGGACCGUUGCUAUAAUGGCAAUAGGUCUGGCAUUCUUCUUCUGCUGCCUCCCCAACUAUGAAGACCAGAUCCUGGGAAAUGUCAAACCUGAUUAUUGCUGUGGUACCCCGUGAACACUAGGAACAGCAAGAGAAGCAUCUGACAUUUGGAUUCCAAAGAUACUUACAGACUACCCUAGUUUUCAAAAGUAUUAUCAUCAGGUAUUAGUAGAAAGGUUUGGCAAGUUUGGUUUGUUGUCACAUGAAAGUAGAGAAAGAAAUGCGAGUUUUAGAAUGGAAGAUUUAAAUCAUUCUGUAUUUUCACAUCUGAUUUUUUUAGGACUUAUCAGUCUGCAUACUCAAUAUGCUUAUAGUUAAUUACUCCAUUAAUUCUCACAUCAAGAAGUGUGCAUAAUUUUUGUGAGGUGUUUCAGGUGUUUAUGCUUGCAUUUUACUAUAAACAAGUAAAUCAUUUGGUGGGCCAAAUAAUAUCUUCCUGAGGCAAAGCAGUUCACAACCCUUCCCCCCCACGGCAACUAUAUUUAGCUUCUAUUUUUGUUUACUUUAACCUGAAAAUCUGAAAUGUUUGCUUUUUGCCAAACUUGUGUAACCACUGCCUGCCAACAUUGUCAAAAAUUCAGCCCCCAGUUCCUAAUUCAGUUUUCUUUCUCAUUAAAAGAAAAAAAGCACUUCAAGGUACAGGGAUAAAGUGAAGGUGGGAGGAUGGGAGGGAGAGAGAAAGAGAAAAGGGCCACUGGAGUCUGGAUUUUAACAGGAUAUUUAAU